GUCUGCCUUGCUCGCUCGUCUUCGUUCUUAUCCUCACUGGUUUCAGUUUCCAUAAAAGGAGAGAGAGAGAGAUAAGAAGGCUUAAUUUCGUAUGGAAAGAGUAUCUUUAUCUCCGAUUUACAUCACUGUAACAAGUUUUAUUUUUUUAUAAAAUACCCCCCACCAUUGAAGAAAAAACGAGCAAGCUAUUGUUCUUUUCAUUAACAUGAUAUCGAGAUCUUCUUUAGACUUAUUGAAUUUGAUCUCGUUUGAUGACUUCGACGUUUUGAAUCGGAUUCCGAGGGUGAUGACGGUGCCCGGAGUUAUAUCUGAGUUGGAAAAAGGCGAUGAAACGACAAGUCUUGUGGGGUUAAACGACGAUGAUAUGGAGGUGGUUCAAGAGCGGAGGAUCAUUGUCUCAAACCAGCUUCCUUUACGUGCGUUUCGUGAUGAAAACGGGAGAUGGGCGUUUGAGUUUGAUCCAGACAGCCUUGUUCUUCAGCUCAAAGACGGGUUCUCCCCCGACGUUGAAGUUUUAUACGUCGGAGGAUUGAAAGCCGAGAUUGAUGCCGCUGAUCAUGACGAGGUAUCGCAAGUUUUGUUGGAGAAGUUUAAGUGUGUGCCGACGUUUUUGCCUCCGGAUGUUAAUAACAAGUUUUACCACGGGUUCUGUAAGCAUUAUCUCUGGCCUUUGUUUCACUACAUGUUGCCUGUAACGCCCAGCCAUGGCGCCCGUUUUGAUCGAGCGGAGUGGCAGGCGUAUGUGUCUGCAAACAAGGUGUUUGCUGAUAAGGUGAUGGAGGUGAUAAACCCAGAUGAGGAUUAUGUAUGGAUACAUGAUUAUCAUCUAAUGGUUUUGCCUUCUUUCUUGAGAAAAAGAUUUCAUAGAGUUAAAUUAGGAUUCUUCUUGCAUAGUCCAUUUCCAUCUUCUGAAAUCUACAGGACUUUGCCCGUGAGGGAUGAGAUUUUGAAGUGUUUGUUGAAUUGUGACUUGAUUGGGUUUCAUACGUUUGAUUAUGCAAGACAUUUUUUGUCAUCUUGUAGCAGAAUGUUAGGCCUGAAUUAUGAGUCCAAAAGGGGUUACAUUGGUUUGGAUUAUUAUGGUAGAACUGUGAGUAUAAAGAUUUUGCCUGUUGGGAUUCAUAUGGGGCAGCUUGAAUCUGUUUUGUCUCUUGAAGAGACUGCAAAUAAGGCGAAAAAAUUGAGGGAAAAAUAUGAUGGGAAAAUUGUGAUGUUAGGUGUGGAUGAUAUGGAUUUGUUUAAGGGGAUUAGUUUGAAGUUUUCUGCAAUGGGGCAACUUUUGGAGCUGCAUCCUGAAUUGAGAGGAAAAGUUGUUUUCAUUCAGAUUACAAACCCGGCUAGGAGCAGUGGGAAAGAUGUGCAAGAUGUUGUUGAUGAAAUCAGUACAGUUGCUAAUGAGAUUAAUAAAAAGUUUGGUAAACCGGGCUAUGAGCCCAUUGUUAUGAUUCAAGGGCCUGUGAGUACGCUGGAUAAGGUUACUUAUUAUGCAAUUGCAGAGUGUUGUGUGGUGAAUUGUGUGAGAGAUGGGAUGAAUUUGGUGCCUUAUAAGUAUACUGUCAGUAGGCAGGGCAGCCAUGUUUUGGACAAGGCCUUAGGAUUUGAUGAGAAGAAUCCAACUCCAAAGAAGAGUGUGAUAAUUGUAUCUGAAUUCAUUGGCUGCUCACCUUCUCUUAGUGGCGCUAUUCGUGUCAAUCCGUGGAAUAUUGAUGCAAUCGCUGAUGCCAUGGAUUCAGCCUUGAGAAUGCCAGAGACAGAGAAAAGAUUGCGCCAUGAGAAGCAUUACAAGUACAUUAGCUCUCAUGAUGUUGCCUAUUGGGCGAGGAGUUUCGAUCAAGACCUUGAAAGGGCUUGCAGAGAUCAUUUGUUCAAGAGGUGUUGGGGCGUUGGGUUGGGAUUGGGAUUCAGGAUUGUUGCUUUGGGUCCGGAGUUCAGAAAGCUUGGAGUGCAUCGUAUUGGUGAUGCAUACAGGAGGACUAAUAGCCGGUUGAUCCUUUUGGACUAUGAUGGGACAGUGAUGCCACAGGCUUCAGUUGACAAAAGACCAAGCAGUGAGGUGAUCUCAAUCUUGAAUAAUUUAUGCAGUGAUCCCAGAAAUACAGUGUUUAUAGUCAGUGGCAGAGGAAAGGAUUCUCUCAGCAAAUGGUUUUCUCCGUGUGAGAAAUUGGGAAUUUCAGCUGAACAUGGUUACUUCCUCAGGUGGACCAGGAAUGCUCCAUGGGAAAGGUGCUCGUUGGCGAUGGAUUUCGACUGGAAGAAGAUUGCAGAACCUGUGAUGAAGCUUUAUACUGAGACAACUGAUGGCUCCUUCAUUGAACAUAAAGAAACUGCACUGGUGUGGCACCACCAGGAUGCUGACCCUCAUUUUGGUACGUGGCAGGCGAAGGAGCUUCUUGAUCAUUUGGAAAGUGUCCUUGCAAAUGAACCUGUGGUUGUCAAGAGAGGCCAACACAUUGUUGAAGUCAAGCCACAGGGAGUAAGCAAAGGUAUAGUGGUAGAAAAACUGAUUUCAACUCUGCGAAGUGAGGGGAAAUCUCCAGAUUUUGUGCUGUGCAUUGGUGAUGAUCGUUCAGAUGAAGAUAUGUUUGAGAGCAUUGCACUUGCUGUAUCAAAUCCAUCCUUGCCAACCAUUGCAGAAGUGUUUGCCUGCACUGUUGGUCAGAAACCGAGCAUGGCGAAAUAUUAUCUUGAUGAUACUUCAGAAGUUAUAAACUUGCUUAAAGGCCUUUCUGAAGAGGUUGUACAUAACAAGUCUGAAACUUCUCAUCAGGAAUUACAGGAAUGACUUAAUAUUUUAAAAUGACUAUAGGAAAACAACACAAUGGGGGUUUAGAGCAAUUGAUACAGGUAGCAAUGUACAUGGAAAUAUUACUUACUUUUACAGGUUCAUCGUGAAAAAAAAAAAAAUCCCAGUGGAAAAUUUACAAAUUACUUCAUUCAUAUUCUUCUCUCACUGUUGAACACAGUUUUAUUUUUCUUUCUUAGUUUUAUGACAGGAAAUUCAUUAAUUUCUGCAUUGUGCAUAGAUUGUAAUGAAUGAUAAUAUUCUUUCAGGA